AUGGUGGUGACAAACGCAUCUGUCGAUCCGAUGAGAGCCCCCUGGGAAUACGUGCCGGGCACGGAUAACCAGAUCGCUAUCAACCUUACUCAAUCGCAGUACGACGACAUGUCUGGUCUCUUUCCAUUGGACUACGAUUCGCACACACUAUAUGGCGUUCUAAAGCAUACCCUGGGUGUCUACCCUCUUCGAUAUAUUGAGAUGAGCCAUGGGCUUG